CUGAACUAUCCUCCGUAGGCUAUUGUAUUUCCGAGGUGUGGCUCGCAUAAUUAUUGUCGGUGGUAAAAGUAGUCUGAAAAAGCAAAGCAUGACCAAUGAAUAACUUUGCACGUUUUUAUUUUAGGAACAACACAAAAGAAUAAUCAAAGAUGUCGGUAGUUGUAGCACAGCCAUCAGAAGGGCAGAAAGGGGCUGGUAUGCCCAUGACAGCUAUGCCUGAAGUACAAACAAUAGUGUUGCCGCACGGUCUCCCACCAGGUCUCGCCUACCUGGGAUCACUGAGUGAAGUUAAGAUACACCAACAUUUUGAUACGUUGGAAGUUUUGUCUGGUUUUGAGAGGAACAAUAAAUACCAGAUAUGUAACUCAGGAAACCAACAGUUCAUGUAUGCCAAGGAAGAUACUGAUUGUUUGACCCGUCAAUGUUUUGGAACUAUGAGGCCAUUUACGAUGAACAUAACAGACAACAACAUGCAGCCUUUGAUACAACUGUACCGACCAUUGAAAUGUGUAGGGAGCUGCAUGUGGUGCUGCUGUCUGCAGGAGAUGAGCAUUAUGUCCCCACCAGGGGUCUCUAUUGGAUCUGUCAAACAAAUCUGGACAUGUUGGUUGCCAAAAUAUGAAGUGCAUGACAACCAGGGAAACCAUUUGUUUACGAUAAAUGGUGAAUGCUGUUACUGUGCCUGUUGUACAGACAUCAUGUUUAAUGUUAGUGAUGCCCAAGGUACAGAGAUUGGACGUAUAACCAAACACUGGGGAGGCUUGAGAGAACUAUGUGGAGGGGUUAACGAUUUCAGCGUUCAGUUCCCAGCAAACAUGGAUGUAUUUCAGAAGACGCUUCUGGUUGGAUCUACGUUCCUCAUUGAUUUUAUCUACUUUGAGAGGAAUAAAAACUGAAUAUUGUUCACGAUCUAUGCAUACACUGACAAUCCUUUAUACCAUGAUAGUCCCGAAUGUAUUAAAUACCAAAGAUAGCAUGAUAGUCCCAGAUAUAUUUCAUAACAAAAGAUCUAAUGAUAAUCCAGUGUAUAUUUCAUACCUCAGAUGCCUUAUAGACCAAGCUUAUAGGUUAUACAUUUAAGCAGAAUAUUUUGAAUUAACACUGAAGUAGGUGUUACUGUUAACAUAUUUUUGUUUCUGUUUUUGUUGCAGGUGUUGUUGAUCUUUUUUUUCUUACUCAGUAUUGUUAUUGUUGCACAGUAUUUAUUGUAUGUUGUUUUCUCUGAGUCGUUUAUUGUAUUCUCAGACCCAGUAUUGUGUUCUUACAGUCCCACUGUGGUAUACCGUGAAACAAUGCUUGCUCAUGCAUCCAUGACUCAAGCACUUGCAUUUAAUUAUUAUGACCUUUUAUUACUUAGAAAAUUCAUUAAAAAGAUUAUAGUGUGCAACUGUCAAACUGUAUCUCAGAAAUAAUUGCAUGUAUUUGAUUGUAACUUCAAACAAGACUUUCAAGUUAUCAAACCUACUGAACGUUAAGCAAAGUUAUAUAACUAUUUGUAGAAUUGAAUGUCAGUUAUGACUGUUUCUUGACUCAGAUACAAAAUUUGGUGAAAAUCAGACUGAUUCAGUAACACAAUUUUAUUGGACUGAUAAAUCUCGAUUGAAGUCAGUCAGAUUUUAUAACCGUUUUUUUUUUUUACUUAGAAAAUGUUGUUAUAGUUGUGUGUGAAUUAAAUGUCAAACUGUAUCUCUGUAACAUGUACAUGUACUGGAUUGAAACUUUACACAAGACUCGCUACUUAUCAACUGUACUUACAUAUCAAGUGCAGAGAACUUUUGAUUGAUAUCAUUUCAAAUUGUGGCCCUUUUUUUCAUAGAAGAUUUGGGUAAAGUGAUUUACUAACAAAUUGUUAUUGCCCUAAUAAAUGUUUUACCUUAGAAGUUGUUGAACACCUGAGCAUGCUAUGUAAAGUUGUAUAUUUGAAACAACUUAAACACUUGAGGAAAUGACACUGACUUGACUGAGAAAUAGUUCAAAUAGACUAUGCUACAUGCCAUUUUCUCGUAAUUCUGAGCCUCAUUUUGUAUUUCAGCAUAGAUGUUAGUAGAAAAUUCUUUUCGCUAUAUAACACCUCUCAUAUUU